AUGCUCAUCUUCUCGGCUUUCAAGACGCUCACAGGGCAGCAGGUCACCAUCGAGCUCAAGAACGAUCUCGCCAUCCAGGGCACCCUCAAGAGCGUGGACCAGUUCUUGAACUUCAAGAUCGACAACAUCCGCGUUCUCGAUGAGGCGAAACACCCACACAUGAUGGCCGUCAAGUCGGCCUUCAUUCGAGGUUCCGUCGUUCGUUACGUUCACAUCCCGGCUGCGGCCGUCGACACUCAGCUCCUGGAAGACGCAACAAGGAGAGAGGCUGCUUCGCAAGCCAAACGCUAG